AUGAGUUCUCAGCCGUACUUUUUUUUUGUUCCGCGAAAUGAGCCGAAGAUUGAUGGUAGCCAUGUAGCGCCGGUCAUUCAAAUUUUGGCCUGGCUUCUUCUCACGUUCUCUAUUCUAUCUGUGGCUGCUCAAUUUCUUACGAAAAUUGCUAUUUCCAGGCCUUUUGGGGUCUCUGAUGCUCUUCUAUUUGCUGCACUUGUCUUUUAUAUAGGUCAAACUUCGACCUUGUUGAGCCCCGCAGGCCAGGUCAUAGGAAACUCGCCUGUAGAACUUCCAAUGGAGACCAUACACGGGGCACUUAAGGCUCUAUACAGCAUCGAAAUCCUGAGCAUCUUCAGUUUUGUCUUCGUAAAGAGCUCCGUAUUUGCGGCUCUUUGGUCCAUCACACCAGUAGUCUGGCAUCGAAUCGUGAUAUAUAUAGCCAGUGCAGUCACUGUCGCAUGGGGGACUACUUCAGUGUUUGCCGUGGCUUUCCAGUGUCCAUCUCCGCAGAGAUGGAAUGUUGUUGACCCUACAUGUAUCGAUAUUCGUGCUGUGAAGAUUUACAUCGCUGUAAUGAAUAUUUUGACAGAUCUUGCUCUAGUUAUAUUGCCAACAAUCAUCAUAUUACCCAUACAGAUGCCGUGGGGGACACGAAUUACUAUUCUAAGUGCAUUUUGGCUUCGAUUAACGGUCGUGGUGGCUUCAGUUAUCCAGGUCGCUUAUACCCGGCGCCUUCUUAUCAAUGAUCUGUUCCUUAAUAACAUAUGGCAGACUACAGUCUGCCAAAUGGUCGUCCAGAGCACUGGCAUUAUGGCCGCGUGUAUUCCAUUCCUGAAACCAUUCUUGAUGAGUCUAGAAUCAGGAUUCCUUCGCGCCGAUGAUGUCAAUCGACGGACUACCGCUGGGAUGUAUGGGUCUGAACACAAUCUAAAGACUUCUGGAAGAGCAACUAGCUAUAUCAAGAUGAAGAACCAAAGUUGGCAAAGCCGGGAAUCUUCGGCCAAGGUUGGGAGAUCCGUGGAACGAGAAGAAAAUGGCGGCAAGUGA